GAGAGUAAUGGCUGUAGAAUCGGCGACCUCUAACGGUACAACAGAUGAAAACCAUCCAGAAGAAAGGGACGAGUGUAAAAAAGGAUGGUUAUUUAAGAAAACACAGUACACAAAGCGCUGGAAACGGGUUUGGUUUCAUGUCAGAGACUGGAGACUUUUCUAUGGUGUUAAUGAACAGUUAGCAGAGAAAACUAUUAAUCUGGUUGGAGCAAAAGUGGAGGUGCUGGACGAUGAUGGGAGAUUUGACUGGACCGUCACAACAAAGGACAGUAAACGCACCUUUAUCCUGUGUGCCGACAGUGCAGAAGAGCGGCAGGCAUGGAUGACUGCCAUAUGUGAGGCACAGCUGAGUUCUCAAGAGCACAACUCCAAUGCAUGUAUUUUACAAUAACUAGACUUUUAAAUGUACUUUUUUGAAAACAUUUUGAGUAUAGUUUUCUACAUCUUUUUGACAAAGUUUAAGAUGCCCUGCUGAUGUGUAGUCCAUCCCCUGGUGCACGUGACAUUUUUUUCAGAAUAACCUGGGAACUCAAAUGCUAGAAUGCCAUGUGAACUAUGACCAUUGCAGAGAUUAAUAUACACACUUCUUUAUUUAACUAUAUUAUUAUAUAUAUGUACACUGGCGGCCAAAAGUUUGGAAUAAUGUACAGAUUUUGCUGUUUUGGAAGGAAAUUGGUACUUUAAUUCACUAAAGUGGCAUUUAACUGAUCACAAAGUACAGUCAGGACAUUACUGAUGUAAAAAAACAGCACUAUCACUAUUUGAAAAAAGUCAAAUCAAAUCUAGACAGGCCCCAUUUCCAGCAGCUAUCACACCUUAUCCUUGAGUAAUCAUGCUAAAUUGAUAAUUUGAUACUAGAAAAUCACUUGCCAUUAUAUCAAACACAGUUGAAAGCUAUUUGGUUCAUUAAAUGAAACUUUGUCUUUGUGUUUGUUUUUGAGUUCCACUGUAUGCAAUAGACUGGCAUGUCUUAAUAACCUCAUUGAGCUUUUGUGAGAUCAGCUAGACUGUAAGGUGAGUGAGAAGUGCCCGACAAGACAGCCACAUCUAUGGCAAGUGCUACAGGAAGCAUGGGGUGAAAUGUCACCUGAGUAUCUGGACAAACUGACAGCUAGAAUGCCAAGAAUCUGCAAAGCUGUCAUUGCUGCAUGUGAACAUUUUUUUGAUGAGAACUCUUUGAAGUAGUUUAAGAAGUUCUGAAAUUUUUUAAAAUUGUAAUAGUAAUUACGUUAUUAAUGUCCUGACUAUACAUUGUGAUCAGUUGAAUGCCACAAAGUACCAAUUUCUUUCCAUAAGAUCAAAAUCUGUACAUUAUUCCAAACGUCUGGGUGCCAGUGUAUAUAUAUAUAUAUAUAUUAUAUGAUUAUCCUGUAACAUGUGAAAUCUUUUAGAUAAUUCUAAAUAGUUCUAUUUUGUUAAGUGAAUAAAAGGUUUUGUCAAAGCCAUCUUGAAUGUGUUUUAUA